CACGCAAGCUGUCAAACGUGAUAAACAAAACUUUCGGUCCGGUAGUUUGUGUGAUAAUUUUCAUUCGAGUGCAAUUUUCGUGAAUAUUCGUGCUAAAGUGAACAUUUUGCUGCUGAAAAAUAUUUCGGAAACAUCCGAUCGAGUGUCGACCAUCACCAAAAGGCGUUAGAGAAUGGAUGCCACCCUCGAAAAGUCUUGCAUCGAGGAAAUUAGCCACACCGUUCUUGAUGCUCAACAAAAGAUUUCCGUUCGCUCCAUUUCGAACAACUACGGCCUGAACUUCCUGGAUGCGGUGAAAGUGCUUCAGAAAUGGAUCGACAACAACAGUGGUAAGGCAAACCUGCUGAAGGAAUUCAUCGUCCGGGGAAUCGAUGCCAAACGAGGGGGAGCGUUCAUCACGGUGGCCAGCGAAAAGAAGCUUAAAACGAUCCAGGAUAAAGCCAGUCAGAUUUCGAGUGUCUUGUACGCCGUGGAGGUGCAAUCGGAGUCCUCUCGGCCUUUGCAUAUUCCCGAGGAGCAGGAAUUCAAAGUGAUCAAUUUGCCUCUCGCAUCGGACAAACGGGAUGUGAAGGUUUUCAUCCCUGCAGAGCCAACCCCUGCUUCAACGAGCGUCAAGCAGGAAUCUAAGCCGAAGAUCAAUUCCAUGUUUGCAGCUAGUGCUUCAAAACCGAAACAGGAAACCCCGAAACCGACUUCAGUUCCAGUCAAGGAAGAAAAAACGAGUCCUCCUGCCAAGCAGGAAGCCGCCAAGACAUCGCCUCCGCAAAAAUCCCCGACCAAGGGAUCCCCGAGCAAGAAGAAAGACGCCAAGAAACCCGUCAGCGGAAAAGCUUCCAUUGCUUCGUUCUUCUCCAAUAAGCCAACCGCUUCCAAACCGGCACCUUCCACUCCGGCUAAUUCAUCAAAACCCGCGGAUGUGAAAAAGGAAAAGCCAUCCCCCAAGGAAGAUCAACCUUCAAAGAAGGAGAAAGUUCACGAGGAUACGCCCCGGUGGAAGCGCAUGAUUUCCGAUGAGUCCGACGGAGAUGACGUGGUUCCGAAUACGCCCCAGGAGACCAAGGAACCGAAGAAGAGAGGCGGCAAAAAAUCGUUGGCCUUCAAGAAGGGAGCCGAUGCCAAGGGGAGAAACCCAAGCAAACGGUCCAGAAUUCUGCAGGUUGAGGAUUCCAGCGAGGAAGAAGAGGAUGAGGAUAGGAACAUGCGGGAAAAGGAGGAGAAAACUAUUGAGUUCGAUACGGAGGAAGAGCAGGAUGUUCAAAUGGAAGAGAAGAAGCAGCUGACUCCGGAAAAACCCGUUGAGAAUGAUUCCAACAGCUUGAACCGGAAGGGACGUGCGAAGGUGAAGAAACUGGUCACACGGAAUUUCAUGGAUGAGGAAGGAUAUAUGACAACUAUCAAGGAAUAUGUCAUGGUGUCCGCUUCGGAAGAUGAAGCUGAGGAAGAGUCUCGUACUAAAAGUUCGUCGGAUGAGAAGAAAAAGACGGACGUAAAAGAUUCCGCACCGAGUGGUAAGAAAAAAGCGGAAACGAAGACGGCGGACAAGAAGGCGGAGAAAGUGACGCCGCCAGCCGCCAAAACCAAGCAGGGUUCGAUAAUGAGCUUCUUCUCCAAGAAGUAGGCAGCUGCACCUAGAAGGUGAGUGUCUUGGAAGUUAUUACAGUUUAGCGUCGUAGCGCUUACCUAAUCGCAUUAAAAUCAGUUCGUUGUUCAUUAAAA